AUGUCGGUCCCUACAGGGUACAUCGAUAUCGCGAGCGGAGGUACUGGCUGGGGCCCAGAAGGUUCCAUUUGGAACAUCUCUACCGGCGCUGGGGCCAAGUUGACCGACAUGAAAGCUCAAUGCCAGGGCAGCGGGUGCACAGGCAUUACCGGCAACAAGGAUAACAGUGGGAAGAUGAUCCAGCGACCGGAUGGCAGUUGGUUUCUGAACGUCACAGCCGACAUGCAAACCUCACUGAUGAUUUCGGGCCUGCUUAUUACUGAUACAGCUGGUCCAACCACUGGUGGCAACAAGACGUAUCCUCUAGACGUCGUGGCCGUACCGCCAUGCGGUUUGCCGGUUGCAGCCAACUGCACCAGCCGAGACUUCACUCCUGAUCAGCAGCAAUGGGAAGCCUACCAAGUGGACUCGUUUCUAAAGUCGUACUUGGCCAAGCAUGACAUCAACAGCUUUGAAGCCUUAGUGAACCAGGCUCAGGCGGACUUUGAACCUGCCAUGGAUGCGAACGGCAAGACAUGCGACAUAACCAACAGCAAUUUCAACUGCGAGCCACCUUUAAAUAUUGAGUGCAGUAGCGACCCCACUGCAGACGAAAUUCGAGGAGUGAUUAUGACGACGGCCGUCGUCGAAUUUAUCAACUUUAUCAGCACGUUAUAUCAGUCAGUGUCCGACGUCAGCGGCAGAAUAGGCAGUGAACUUGACACCAUCACCUCCAACUUCUGGGUGCCUGCUGCAACAGAGACCUGGACCAAGAUCAUGAGCAUUGUCUCCUCUGUUAUUGGGCUCAUGAUCGCCGGAUUUGUUAUCCUCGACGCAGUGCUUGAUGCGGCGUUCACGCCCUUCCUCGUCGCGGGAGCGAUCGUUGCAUCAAAUGCGUUUGGGCUUGCCGGCAAUGCAGGCAACCUGGCGGCAAACCCCUCAGACACAGAUACAGAGUUCGAACAGAACUCGAAAUACGAGGCUGGCGCCCAAAACAUGCUUUCCCAGGUCCAGAACGGCUUCGAUGUUCUGCUUAAAACCAACGAAACCGGCCAGGCCGGCAUCAGCAAAGUUAUCGGCGGUGGCGCUUGGGUCGGCAAUCAGGUUACAAAAUUCUUCAACACGGACGGCGUCGGAGCGAAUAUCACUGGGUGGUAUGAGGAACUCAUGGUCGCUCAGUUCAUCACUAAAGCCCUUACGGACAACGACGCCUACAUCUUGUUUAUACCCUAUGGCGAUAAUGUCCAGUACAAUGGUAAGACGUGGGGAUUCAACCAGACGGUUUGCGAAGAUCACUGGACCAAUGACCCCAGCUGGAACUAUUAUGCUGCGUGUGACAUCACAUUCGGUCCAGGUGGUCCUCCGGGCAUGUCUGUCUUCACACGACCCAGCAGUGAGGAUUCGGAGUCGGACUCAUGGGUUAAACCACUCAACUACAAUGGCAAAAACAUCACUGGAUGGGACAUCAUGGCGUCCUCAAUAUGGGGUCAGCAGCAGCAUGGGUUCAACUUCACAUACUUGGAUCAAAACUUCACCAAAACCUUAGCCACGGGGGGCUUUCAUCCGCGAGCAGUAUUUUCAACAAUGUGGCAGUCGACCAGCCCGGUCUUUAUACUGUGCCUGUCUGCGUUGUUAAGGACUUGGUUUACAUGCCUGGUGUUGAUCAAGUGA